AGCCAUAGCUUCCUCUGGUCUUUGCUUCAUCGCAAUGGCCACUACUCUGUUUUCUUUUGGGGAGGAGUUCUGUGCUCUGUACCAGUAAAUCACUGUACUUUUUGACUCCUCUUUUUACUCACUAGUCCCUACUACUUCCUUCUCACUCAGUAAGUGUCUUUUCUUUAUUUGUUUUUAUUCCCUUCCUCCACAUAAAUCCUCCUGCUACAAUCUAGCGCCAAAAUCCCUCUCUCCUUUUAAAAAAAUCCCCAUUUAAUCUGAUACUGUUACAAUUUCUUUUUUGUUUUUUUGGGUUUGCUAAACACAAGAACAAGAAGAACAGCAAAAGAACACUACCAUCCACCAUUUACUUAACUCUCUCUUUCUCGAGCCCCAACCUUCUCUGCUUUCACUACUCCUAUCCUAUAGGCCUGCUCUCUCUCUUUAUGCCUUUGCUUGGAGCUUUCUUCUUCCUUGUUUCUCCUCUGCCAUUUUUUAUGGUCUCCCUUGUGUCUGGACCCUUCAGCUGUUUGUGGUAAUGUCAAACUGAAGAAACCCACAUUUACCCAGUUGAGUUCAUGAGGUAAACUAUCAUUUCUCAACUGGGUUUUCCGUUUUUUUUUUUAGUUAGAAGGUGAGAAAGGUAGUGGGGUUGUGUAAAAGAUUGGUCUUUUAUGAGCAGUAGCUGAACGAAACCACUUCCUUUCUUUGGAACUAGUUUAUGAUGGUGUAGUGGAUCAGAGUAAGAACCCCACACUUUUUUCUUCUUCUAUUCUUUCUCACCCUUCUCUUCUUGUUUUCUGCUGAUGCAGUUUUAGGUCAUUUUUAUUGUAGAAGGUUUAUGUGUUCAAUCAGAGGGCAGAGAGAUGAAAUGGGUUGGUCUCAAAUGCCCCAAAGAUUGAAGCUUUCAGCUGAAAUCCGUUGUUUUCUGGACAAAGAUGGAGAUUCUAGCCGUGGAAUACCCAGAGAAGAUUCUGCAUUUUCCUCUCCAGGCCUCUGAAAACCCUUCAACAGCAAACAAAACCUUGUUUUUGCCUACUCCUUUUUCAUCCCAAAAGAGGAAUAAGCGGAUUCUUCCAAAGGAACACAGAAAAAAACCACCUUUUCUCGCUUUACACUUUCCAUCUCUCUAAAAUAAAGACACAGUAGUGACCUCCCACGCCUGCACAAAAAGCCCAAAGUCCAAAAAGAAGCAGCAACAUCUAAGCCAUUCAAACCCCAGUUCUUUUAAGUUUCUUUGUUUUAACUUGGGGAAGUGUUGAGAAACCAAAACUACAGACAAACAUGGGAUGUGUUGCCUCUAGGCUAGAAGAAGAAGAAGAAGUGGUAUCCAUUUGCAAGGAGAGGAAACGGCAGCUGAAGCUUGCAGUAGAGAAGCGUCAAGCACUAGCAGAAGCUCACUGCAGGUACUGUCAAUCUCUCUAUGCAGUAGCAGCAGCAAUAAAGCUGUUUGUGGCUCGCCAUGCUUCCCCAGCUUCACCAUUCCUCAUUACUUUCCCACCUCAUAGCCCAUCUGCUCUCCAACCUAAAGAAGACGGGAACAACAACAACAGCAAUAACAACAUGAUAAACAACCCAAUGUUUAUUGAAGAAAGGCCUUCUGAGUCAACCAAUGAAGAGGCCAAUGCUUGUGAUUCUUGUGAUUCAUCAACAACUUCCUCGGAUUCCAGUGACGAAGAGGAGUGUAAAGCAGAUAUGACGAGGCAACAUCAACAAGAGGAACAUCAGAGUUAUGGUUACUACUACAUGCAAAUGCCACCACAGCAGGCUGUGGUUCAUGAGUCACCAGGUGGUGAUUUUGGGUGGGAUUUCUUCAACCCUUUUGAUGUGAUGAGGCCAGAGGUUAUGAGUGGGUACAGGAGGAGUUUGGAUGAUGAUUUGAGGGCGGUGAGGGAGCAAGAAGGGAUUCCUGAGCUGGAGGAAGAAGGGAGUAUUAGGGAGAAUGGAGAUGAGCAAAAGUUGUUUGUUGCUGCUGAAGAAGGGAAAGUUGGAGAGGGUUUUGAUAAUGGGGAUUUGGUUAAGUUGCGUGAUGAGGGUAAUGGGAAUGGAGGGUCUGUUGAACAGAAGGGGCAUUCAGUUAUGGAGUCACCAGAAAAGGGAAGGGAACUGCUGGAUGCUUUGAAGGACAUUGAGGAUCAUUUCAUUAGAGCUUAUGACUCUGGCAAGGAUGUUUCCAAGAUGCUUGAGGCUAACAAGGUUUACUUGCAGUCUGGGACGGAGGAAAUGAAAGAGAAUUCAAACAAGAUCAUCCUAGCUCUACCAUGGCACAGGUCAACCUCGUUCAAGCCCUCGUGCAAAAGCCUGGUGGCCUCGAGCUCCAGAAGCACAUCAACGUGGACAGAAUACACGAAUGAUCUCUUCGACGGUUGUGGAGGGAUGAAUGCUGGAAGCCAUUCCUCGACGCUUGGAAGGUUGUAUGCAUGGGAGAAGAAACUCUAUGAAGAAGUCAAGGCUGGAGAUGCAACAAGAAAACUAUACGAGAAGAAAUGUUCAAGGCUGAGAAGUCAUGAUGUUAGAGGCGACGAUGAACUCAACAUGGACAAAACAAGAGCUGCAAUCAAGGACCUUUAUGCUCGAAUCCUCGUAGCAAUCCGCAGUGCUGAAUCUAUCUCCAACAGAAUCGAGAAGCUGAGAGAUGAAGAACUGGAACCUCAAAUUGUGGAGUUGUUAAAAGGACUUACACGCACUUGGAAGAUCAUGAUGGAAUCCCAUGAAAACCAGAACAAGAUUCUUACCCAAGUAAAAACAUUUGCAUGUCCUUCAGCUGGCAAGUUCAGCAAUGACUCCCACCGUCUCGCCACCCUCCAACUCGAGGCCGAGCUUCUCAACUGGCGCGCCUGCUUCACAGACUACGUCACAGCAUCGAGAUCCUACGUGGCGUGCCUCCACGGCUGGCUCACCAAGUUCCUGGUCCCUGAAGUUGAAUUCUACUCCAGAACCAGACGAGUCGGUCAAAGCACACCAUCCCUUCCCUCCCAAGCUCCCCUGGGCCCUCCAUUGCUCGCCAUCUGUCGAAAAUGGCUCUCGUCGAUGGAGAAGCUGCCAGAAGUCCACGUGUCGUACGCGCUGAAGGCAUUCGCCAAAGACGUGAGGGCAUUGUGGGUUCAGCAAGGGGAAGAGCAGAAGCAGAAGAGGAAAGUCGAGACCUUGAUCAAGAUGCUCGACAGGAGGACCGUGUCGUUCCACAGGACUGAGACUCGGCUGCUCGAGACCAAGCUCAUCGAGUACAACAAUGGCGUGGAAGACAAUGCCAAUUCGGUGAACCCGUUCGAGCAUUUGGCCGAGAGGAAAGACGAGCUAGAUUUCUUGCAGAGGAAGGUAGAGACAGAGAGGGAGAAGCAUUACAACUACAUCCAGGAGACGUCCAGGGUUACCUUGAGCGGGUUUCAGACCGGGUUUUCGAGUGUCUUCGAGGCCUUGUCCGAGUUCUCCAAGGCUUCCAUGAACAUGUAUAACGACCUUGUGGUGAGCAGCUGCAGUCAGAGCAAUGGUAAAGUGGAGAAUCAACCAUGUGUGGAGAGCUCCUCCCAUGUUGAAGAAAGUGAGGUCAGGUGACCGAAGAGGUAAAAUUCAUUUGGGGUUUGGUUAAUCUUUUUAGUAGGGUUUGGGUGUUUAGUUGAGGCUGGAUUGGUUGUUGUAUAUUGUAUGUAAACUGAUCAUGUUGUCAAAGCAGCUCGCUGAGGCACAUCAUGUGUUCGUUUGUGUUCUGUCAUUAGAGCUAAUGAGAACUUCGAUUAGUCCCCAUUUAUCAGGAUUAAUGCCUAAUGGCUGAAUUUAGUUCGGAUGAUGGAUCGUUGAAGAAAUUUGCAUGAACCUGCCGCCGGCGGCGGCGGCGACAUGCGGAGCGAACUCCCUACGUUCACGACUUCGGCUCACAACUCUGAACUCUCCCUCACCAUUGAGAACACCUUGGGCCGAUAAUGGGCCGGUCUGAUGGACCGGAUCUACACCUACGGCCUGGCCCGCCGGAUCCCAACCUUCCAGUUGGCGGCCCAACCCACCACCACCACCGCCCUCCCCGUGAAAUUACCAUCAUCCCGUCUUCUACACCAAAACUCCUCCUCCGUCUACAGUUAUAACUUGAAUUGAACAAAAUAUUUUAUGAACUAUUAUGUGGGAUAGUUUGAUUCAUUUUGUUAAAACUUUUGAUGAUGAAUAUGUAUCUAAAGUUAAAUAUGUGGUUAGUAAUAAAUUCUAUGAUAAAUUAGUUCAUUAUAUAGGUCUUUUAUGUUAAACAAACAUUUGCAUGAUCGAUUCUAUAAAUGGUUAAACCACAUUUUUUUUUGUUAGCAUGCGCUUACCCAGGACUUAGGACUAUUAGAAAAACAACCUACUCGUGCUUUCAAGAGAAUCAAGUGUCUGGAACUAGAUACCAGCUGGUAUAAUGCUAAACCCAGAAGAACAGAGUUUAACUCUCUGAUAAAAUACAUGUUUGAUGACUACAUUGGAGGGCCUAAUGUCGUACUAGAUCACCGUACUAAUUACACAUGUGUCACAAGGUACUUAAUUUAAUUACUUCUUCUACAUAUGUUUCUUUAUUUAUUUCCCCUCCAACCCAGCUUCAUUUUAAUGCACGAGCUCACAUCGAUAAAUUUCUUAUUUUAAUUGUGUCAAAUUAAAGGAUUAAACAAUGU